GGGCGUGACUUCCAUAAUGCACUUCCGCACUCUACACGUAGGAUAAACGGUGCGAAAAGACCCGUGUGCUGCUCAUCCUCGCGUCAAGAGACACAUUCUGGGCAUAUAGCUUCGAACAAGACAGUAGUUCGACAUGAGGAAGAAACUUUUAAAGGCGUUUAACUUGUCCACUGACCAACCACAGAGUGAGUCGUCACAAGAGGGCUCGUCCAGCUCACUUGCUUCAAGAAAUCCCUUCCCUCUUGAGAUCCUGGAGGAGAUCUUCUUGAAGCUUCCAGCCAACGAUGUGGUCCGCUUGUGUCGACUGGUGUGCCGAGAGUGGAAGGAGGUGGUGGACAGUCAGUCCCUGUGGAAGGAGCGGUGCCGAAGAGAGGAGUGCCACCCGCGGGAUGCCUCCAGAAGUCCCAAAGACUGGAUGAUGUUUUACUUUUGCUGCGUAAUGAAACGUAACCUACUCAAAAAUCCAAGAGGAGAAGAAAAAAUGAACAAUUGGGUGAUACUGGAGAAUGGUGGGAAUGAAUGGAAACUGGAGGACGUGCUGGUGCCACACCCCAAUGAGACAGUCAAGAAGAACUUUGUGACGUCUUACAGCAUGUGUAUGAAGACACAGCUGAUCGAUUUGAAAAAGGAAGGUUAUGGCGCAUCGUUCAUGGAUAAAUUCCAACCUGACAUCAGAGUCACUGAUUGGUACGCACCACGGUGGGAUUGUGGCUCCCAGUACAAAAUCCAAGUGGAGUUACUGAACCAGCGAAAAAGGCCCAUUCAGGGCUUCUCUCCUGAGAUGGUUUACUUUGAGCAGUGGAAUGAUGGAACGUGGAAUCAGAUGAGGCACGUGUUCCGAAAUUAUGGGCCAGGAGUACGAUUUAUUCGCUUCACCCACGGAGGCAAGGACACUCAGUUCUGGGCCGGGUGGUAUGGAAUCCGUGUCACAGACAGUUGUGUUGAAUUAUGUCCAGCGAAUGAGGGAUGAGCCCUUGUAGUUGGGGUGACAAAAAGCAAAGCUUGCACAUCUGAGUUAACUCUGGAGGCAACUUCACAUUUAAGGUUUCACCUGUGAUGCCUCUUGUCAUUUUAACAAAUGGUUUCUUCACACGUUUUGAAAGAUUAUAUUUGUUGUACCAAAGAAUGUUUGUGGCCGUAUGAAGGAUGCCCUGAAACUCAAAUGCACUUUGAAAUGUGAUGUCUGCAAAUUAUGUAAAAUCAUCGUCAUGUUCAUCGAGAUUGGAGAUUUUAUCAGUGAUUCUGUCGUCGUCCUCGUGACCUUUAUAAUGAAUUGAUGUAACUUCUAAAUAAAUCCUCAGUAAGACGACACAUCCAGUUUAGUCAUAAUACUAUUUAUUUCAAUGUUCAUCACAAAGAAAAUACAGCAUGUUAAAUUGAAAACAGGAAAUCAACUCGACGUCAGCCCUGCUUCUUUGUUGAUUUUGAGUCAAUAACUUAAAAAUGUCUCUUUUUUACUUUAUUUACAGUCAAUUCUAAACCAUGUUACACUAAUAAUUGGAGGAAAGGCAGCAAUCUGUCUUUAAAAAAAUUGA